AUGCCACCCUCGCUCGAGGAUAUAUCUGACCUCUCUUCCGCCGAUGAACACACAGAGCUGAAUGAUGGGUUCAACUCGCCCACGUCCACACGAUCGUCUGUAACGGCCAAAACAGCAUCAGAUGAAUCAGAGACUAUUCACAUCUCCUCUACUAUCGCAGAGGAGUCUAGCACUGCAGGAAAACCUCCACGGAACCCAACGCGAAAGCAAGUGACGAUCGAUGUACCCAAAUUGAACUUCACAGCUCGUAGAGAACCAGAACUUGAUACUCGAGGUAGCUGCAUCUUAGAGAAGCAAUUCCUAGAUCAGCACUUUGCGUCUGGGGGAAGCUGCAGCCACCAGCCAGACUGGGUGAAAGCCGAUCUGAACUCAUUCAGAAUUUAUCAGAAGGUCCAGGGUGAAGCUAGCCUGGAAUCCCUCCACAACGUGUCCCUUUAUUUGCACAAAACAGACAAGAUCUUCUAUUUUGAUGGUACAUUAUUAUAUCGCAAAGGAGUCUUAGAAGUGAAAGGCCUAGAAAUCUCAAGUCUCCAAAUAGACAAUCUGGGCGGAACGACCCACAACUUAGAGCCAUUGCACUCGUCGUGUACGGACGUUAUCUACAUCCAAACUCCAAGCAGCAGGAUCUACAACUGUUACUACCUACUAAAAUCUCCAAGCGCUGAAUAUCAGGCUGUUUACAAACAAUUUGUUUGGCUGGCUAAUUUUAUGAAAUACGUUAUAGAUUACCUAGAGUUUGCGACGGCAGAAGCAAAGAACGUCACCCUCUCCGAUUUCAAACACGACUUCAUUCGGAAACUGCAGGAUUGGCAUAAGAAUAACGUGGACUUUGAACAAUGGCAUCAAAUGUGUGGUCACAUCACCGAUCUUCGACGACAUAUCACCUCUCCUGAGUUUGCUGCUUUUAUUGCUGGUCGAGCCGAUGGCCUUAGUGACCAGCAUAUUGCUGCCCACGACUUGUGGAAAGGUAUUGGCCAAGCUCUUGUGCCUGACAGAUAUGUACCAAAGAUUUGGUCACAGACCCUGGUCACCCCCUAUGCCGCUCGGUGUUUCCUGCAAUCCUUCCCGUCCUGGAAACGGGUCAUGAAUGAGUAUAGCUUUUGGCCAGUCGUAGACGAACGUCUAGCGCAAAGACAGAAAUUGCUUGGUAUUGGCAGGAAUAGAAGCUGCAGUCAGCAGGAACAUUUCGAAGUGGUUGAAGGGAAAUCGUACAGUAAAGCUACGCUUCUUCUACAAGAAGCUGGCGUCAAUCGGCACCAGAAAUUCACCUCAGGAUACGAGCUGCCAGGAAGGGUAGUCAUCGCUCGAAACCACGAGGACGACUGCUUGUCGCACACGUGUUCCUGUCCUAUACAAUACGCACUUGUCCUUCGCUAUUGCAGGAGAACCGGUCUUUACAUUCGUUGGUUGUCGCUACCAUCGCGGACAAUCUGUGCCGGGCUCGAUUGUGGGCGUAAUGCCCGACAUAAGCUUCCCUAUUAUUCAAUGGGCAAUGAAUUACUCUACAGCGACGAAUGCACCUGUUCUCCAAUCUCUAUAAGCGACGUUAUAGCUUCACAUUCAAUCUCCGUCGACAAAGAUCACGCUGAGCCUGGUCACGAACUCUUUGUAUAUCGUGAAUUUUCUCUAACUCGCAAAGCUAUUUCUGUUGGCUUAAAACGCAAGUCCUACAAGUGUCCCCAACAUUCACGACCCUUAAUAACCUUCCGCCCUUCGUACAAUACAACAGAUGAGGGUGAAGGACAAAUGCCGAGGCCAGCGCGAAUUCUUAGCAUUUUCUCAGGAGCUGGACUUUUGGAUGCUGGAAUCGAAGAAGGUUCUAAACACCUCUUCAAGACCAUCUAUGCUGCGGAUCUGCUAUAUGAGGCUUGUUUAUCUAUAGCAGCUAACCUCAAGGUUGGAAGUUGCGAAGUUCAUCACGAAAACGUCAAUACGUUGUGGGAGAUGCUUGCUAAAGGAGAGCGGCCGCUUCCAGACGUUGAUCUUUUUCUAGCCGGCUGUCCGUGUCAGGGCUUUUCAUCACUUAACUGUCACAAAGAUAGUGAUGAUUCUCUACGAAAUUGCUCACUUCUUGUUCAUACUUUAUCGUGGGUCGAGCUGCUGCUGCCUAGGAUGGUACUCAUAGAAAAUGUGCCUGGCAUGGACAGGAGCACACCUAGUGCUGCGGGACAGGCGGUUUGUCAUUUGGUCGGCUUGGGAUAUCAGACCCAGCUGAUUACCAUCAACGCUGCUGAUUUUGGAGCUGCCACCAGUCGAAAACGCAUCUUUAUCAUAGCUACUGCGCCAGGAAUUGAGCUACUGACGAUUCCUACAGCUACGCACGGUAAGGAGAGACAUCAAUCUUCUACAGUGACAGCUAGUAGUGUCACCACAGAUCUAGCCGCUAUCGAGAACUAUACGACUCUAAAUAGUGUUCAGCCGGACCACAUACCGGCCUUCAACCUAAAGCCAAUCGAGGUUGGUAUAGUGAAGAAGAUACCCCGAACAGUUCCUAAGGCCGGUAAAGUAAUGGGUAACCUGUUUAGUGCACUUCCAAAACUGAAUAAAGGAGAGCUCGAGUACUGGUACAAGCGAACUGACUGGCAGCGUAAGCCGAACGCGGGUACUUUACGACGGAUACAUCCUAAUCACCCGAAGACUACUAUAACCAAGACGAUAUCGUACUUGGACUCGAAGUCGAAUGGCUCUAUUCAUUGGUCGCAAGACAGGGUUUUCAGUCUAGAGGAAUUGCGUCGAUGGCAGGGCGUACCGACACAGUACAUUCUUAUUGGUACUAGAACUCAGCAGGCAGGGCUUAUCGGUAACUCAGUAGCCUGGGCAAGCUCGACGCUGCUAGGUAGGCUUCUUGCGGAAGUCUGGAGAGAAAGUCGUCACGCUUAUCCAUCUUCAGACGCAGCAGGUACCGAAGAUAUCAUUGGGGGACGUAAACGGCUCAUGGACAAUCUAAUCCACGAACUGACCGACUCUGAUAACAGUGACGACUUCCAGGUCGUUGAUCUAGACAGUGAGUUUGAGAGCAUUAAAGCAAAUUUUCCAGUCAUGGUCAAUGUACCUCUAGUCAGAGAGACUGCACCUAAAGCAGUUGAGAGACGCCAGUAUCUCGUUAGUGUCGAUAUACCAGCGUCUCUCAGCUUACGACAGAUUUCUGCGCAAUCUCUAAGCUGUAAUAGUGGAGAUACUAAGGCUCUCACCACUCCGGAUAUAGAAGGUGUGGCCGACAAAGGCUGUCACGCAGAUGGUACUACCACAAAUGUCGAUAUAGGUACCGACGACGAGCUUCCGGAGCUCGACGUUAUACUUACUCCUUCCCGUUCUAGCUCGGAAAUGAUCGAGAUGAGCAUCGAAACGCCUACAGUAAGGGUUUCCGACGAAGCCGUGACACACCGAUGGACUGGAAGUCGAAACGGCGGGUCCAGUAGACGGCGAACGUAUGUGGCAGACAGCCAGGAUGACGAGGAAGAAGACGGAUCACCUCUAAAGAGAGCACGUUUUUGUCGGGCAAAUAAAGAACUUCGAGCUUCAAAUGUGUUCGAAACACUAUCGAGACGAAUUCGAUACACUCCGAGGACGGGACCCCGAAGUCUUUCUGGCGCAAUCGAGCUGACUACACCAACUCGAAGCGAGGAGCGAGUAGGGACGAUAAUUAGCAAUGCUGGCUCAAAUCCACAAACACCUAUUGUGCUUGAUGAUGACUGA